UCCUGCAAACCUUAGAGAUGUAGGAAUUUUUCCUUCAGGCCUUACUGAUAACAAGAGUUUAGACUGUAUUUUUAUUGAUAAAAAAAAUGGACGUGGCAGAAAAACAGGAAAAUGAGGAAUAUAAAUUCAACAAUACAUGGCGAUACGUUGCAUCACUUAUAUCCAUCAUUUUAUUCUUGGUUUCGUUUGACUGUGACAUUAUUUUGGCUGUUGAGUACCACAAGAGAGAAAUGUACCAGGAGUUUAAUUGUACGGUGUCUGUAAUAACGGCAGCCUGUUUGAUAACAGGCUGUCUGAGCACAUAUUGGUUGAUCCAGAAUGGAAAAUUAGCCAGAUCUUCUCCUGGAUAUUUCUUAUGUCUUCUAACCAGAUUUCUGAUUCCUGGAUUAUCGAGGGAUGUAGACAUAGUGAGUAAAUGGUUUAGCAAGAAAAUCCACCCAGACCAAGAUACAUUUUUACAAGCCUUCACUGAUGCAAGGAGCUUAAGGUUGUAUGAUGCACUAAUUGGGACCACAACACAAUUCCUUCUACAGGGGUCCUACUACAUUGCCAAUAGAUCUGAAAGUGACAUAUAUCUUUCUUCCCUACGUCGGAUGUCAAUCAUGUGGUCCUAUGGCGUCAUCAUGUGGUCAUUAAUGACGUACAUAUUGUCACGCACUCCAAACAAGGCCAGCGAAGAGAGAGGCGCUAGUAUAACCGCCAUACUUAUCGACUUCUUUGGAAGAAAAACUACUGUGGUAGUUUUCAUCUGUUGCCAUCUUGUUUUUGCCUUGAAUUAUUUCUUUUUAAGUAGUUUAUCAAGUUACCAUUCCACAAAUGUUUAACUGUUUUUUCUUUUAAUUUUACAUAUGUAUAAUAUUGAGACAUGCAUGCAUUGAAUGUUUGGAUUAUGAUGUUGUAAAAGUUGAAAUUUAAGAUGUGAUGAAUUUAUUUUUAAAUAUACAUGACAUUACAUGUAUGUGACAAGUUUAUUUUUCAUCAAAAUAUCCUCUGUAAACCAACACAUUUCAGACUGGACAUACUAUGUAUAUUCAGAAUUAACAAACAUUAAAGUGAAUUAUCCUGUCAUCAGUUUAUCCCCCACCAGUUUGCUUUUUUUUUUUUUUGGAGGGGGAGGGAGGGGCUUCUAAUUCAUUUCAGUGCCAUAUAAGCUUUUUAUGAAUGUAAUAAAAGUUUCAAUUAUGAUCAUAUCCAACAUCAGCAAAGAACAAGGUCUCAAGGUCAUUGACCUUGGUGUCAUUUGAAAGAGCUUAAUUAGUGGAGUAUGCAUACCAAAUAUGAAGUCUCUAUCUUUUAUGGUUCAAAAGUUAUAGUGAAGGUUAAACUU